UCUUGGCCAGAAGGGGCAGGAGGAGAGGAGGGCCACGGGGAAAGGGAAGGGUUGGAGGAAGCACUGCUAACUCCGGCCGAGGGCUUCAGAGAGACCACCGGUGCACCAGCUACCGAGGCCAACCAGUGCUCCUUGCCCAGCUAUGGCCCGGGGGCGGGGCUCGGCCCUUGGCGGCGCUCAGAGGCAGCGCUCAGCGCUGUACCGGAGGUGUCAGCUCUGACCUAGCCUCCCAGGGACAAGACCCGCAGCCUCAUCUCUCUCCUCUCAAGGCUUGGAAUCCACCACAGAAUGGAAAACAAAACCUAAAUCACAAAACCUCAGAAGACUGGAUUUUGCCUCUGGACAGGAAUGCCAUUUUUAGGGAGUUAAGAGAAGACAUCUUGUCUGAGAAAAAGUAAAGAUACCUACUGUGUGCCCAGAGGACUGACUAUGGCCAGAGCAGGUUGCUGGAGCCCUUUGAGCUUUGGAGGAACCAGGGCCAGAAGCUGGCACAGUAGGAUGCCCCCGUGUCCUCCUCAGCAGAACAGGGACAGGUUGUCACAGCUGCCUGUUGGGGAGCUGGGUGAGAUGGAAUUGACUUGGCAAGAGAUCAUGUCCAUUACUGAGCUGCAGGGUCUAAAUGUUCCAAGUGAGCCAUCCUUUGAGCCCCAAGUACCUACCCCAUAUGCUGGACCACUGCCACCUCCAACAUACUGCCCCUGUUCAGUUCACCCAGAUCCAGGCUUCUCCCUGCCCCUACCACCUUAUGAGCUGCCAGCAGCAUCCACUCCCCAUGUACCAGAUCUUCCAUACUCCUAUGGCAACAUGGCUAUACCAGUGUCAAAGCCACUCACCCUUUCAGGCCUGCUCAAUGAGCCCCUCCCUGACCCUUUAGCUCUCCUGGACAUUGGGCUACCAGUGGGGCCACCCAAGCCCCAAGAAGACCCAGAAUCCGACUCAGGAUUAUCUCUCAACUACAGUGAUGCAGAAUCUCUUGAGCUAGAGGGUGCAGAGGCUGGCAGGCGGAGGAGCGAGUAUGUGGACAUGUACCCGGUGGAGUACCCUUACUCCCAUAUGCCCAACUCCCUGGCCCACCCCAAUUUUACUUUGCCGCCCACUGAGACACCCUUGGUCUUAGAGUCAUCUUCUGGCCCUGUGCGUGCUAAGCCUGCUGUCAGGGGAGAAGCAGGGAGUCGGGAUGAGCGGCGGGCCCUGGCCAUGAAGAUUCCUUUUCCUACGGACAAGAUCGUCAACUUGCCUGUAGACGACUUUAAUGAGCUGUUGGCGCAGUACCCGCUAACAGAGAGCCAGCUGGCUCUAGUUCGGGACAUCCGACGGCGGGGCAAGAACAAGGUGGCAGCCCAGAAUUGUCGCAAGAGAAAACUGGAAACCAUUGUGCAGCUGGAGCGAGAACUGGAGAGGCUGGGUAGUGAAAGAGAGCGGCUCCUCAGAGCCCGAGGGGAAGCCGACCGUACUCUGGAGGUCAUGCGCCAACAACUGGCAGAGCUGUACCAUGACAUUUUCCAGCAUCUUCGGGAUGAAUCUGGCAACAGUUAUUCACCGGAGGAAUAUGUACUGCAACAGGCUGCUGAUGGGGCCAUCUUUCUGGUACCCCGUGGGACCAAGAUGGAGGCCACAGAUUGAGUUGGCUUAGAGGAGACUGACGAUGGUGCUAGGGCUCCCCUCAUUCCCUUCUGAUAAAGGUACUUCCCAACCCCAGGACCCAUAAGGCAUUGCGUUCUCCAGACCAAGAGGGAAGAUGCAACCUUAGCAUUUGGAUGUUCCAAGGUAUGUUCAAUAAGGUUUGCCUGGAGUCCUGGUGAAUGCUGGCUUCCCAGGCCCCUAAAUCUCCACCUUCUGUCUAAGCUUUGGUCCAUAAAGAGCUGUGUGGAAAUAA